GGAAAGGUGUCAAGGACAGAGGGUGCAGAAGUUUAUGUGUUUGUGUGCAUGGGUUUUCAGUCCGAGAAUUGUUGAGUAACAUUACCAGCAAGGUAAUAUAAACCAUGAGAAUAGGUUAUGUCCAUAUUCCUCUUAUCAGUCACUGCUUUUGCCUCUUAAACAUGGUCCGUCUCUCUCUGCUCUUGCCGUCUCUCUCUCCACUCUUGCUCUCUUUCCCUCUCUCCCCUCCCAUUCCUUCUCUUUCCACUCCUCUCACUCUCCCGGUCCCUUCCUCCUACUCUGCCUCUCAGGUUACGAUGACUGGGGGUUUUCUUGCUUCCAUCUCGUAGAGUGUCUGUGUGUGUGUUUGUGACUGCGUGUGUGUGUGUCUCCCUCAGCGCUGAGCUGUGUCCUUGUCCCUGCCUCCUGGCAGCAAGGAGCCACCCAGCAGCCGGUCUGUGAUUGGGCAGGGGAGUGGGGUUCUUGACACAGCGCGGUGCUGACUGCUCCGGGACGUGUUUCAACAGAUGGUCGAGGUUAGAGAGUGUCAUCACAUCGGAGAGAGGAUUAGAGGAGAGAGGUUGUCUUCCAGGAGCUGUGUGGUCCCCCCUACUCUUCAACCCCAAAUCCCUGCACCAAGACACAAACCCCUCUAUGAGCGCGGGGAGACCCGGCGAAGAAACGCAAGAAGAAAACUCAGAGAGGAAUCCUAGUCUUGCCUCUCACUCGGCCGGCACUCUGCUCUCCUGCCUUUCAGUUGACCACGGCUGCGAGAGCUGCACGGGUGUGAGUGAGUGGCCUGGCUGGACCUCUUCUCCCUCCCUUCACCCCUCUAUUAAUCCUCUCAUCUACCCAUCCCGUCUCUUGUCGUCUCGGGCACCAUGCUGAUGCAGUGGCUGGCUUGGUUGGCCCUGCUGUCUUUGGACUGGGCUCCAGGCAGCUGGGCCUUCACCACCACGAGGGCUCAGGGGCUGAGGGGUCGCAUCCAGAGAGACCGCAGAAACAUCCGGCCCAACAUUAUCCUCAUCAUGACUGACGAUCAGGAUGUUGAGUUGGGUUCUUUACAGGUAAUGAAUAAAACCCGUAAGCUCAUGGAAGACGGAGGAACAACUUUUACCAAUGCCUUUGUCACGACGCCCAUGUGCUGCCCUUCGCGGUCCUCCAUGUUGACGGGCAAGUACGUCCACAACCACAACACCUACACCAACAAUGAGAACUGCUCCUCCCCUUCCUGGCAAGCUCAGCAUGAGCCACGCUCAUUCGCCGUCUACCUCAACAACACCGGCUACAGGACAGGCUUCUUCGGCAAGUACCUUAAUGAGUACAAUGGCACCUACAUCCCACCUGGGUGGCGCGAAUGGGUUGGAUUGAUCAAAAAUUCCCGCUUCUAUAAUUACACCGUCUGUCGGAAUGGUUACAAGGAGAAACACGGUGCAGAUUAUGCGAAGGACUAUUUCACAGAUCUGAUCACCAACGACAGCAUCAACUUUUUCCGCAUGUCCAAGCGUGUGUACCCUCACCGCCCUGUAAUGAUGGUCAUCAGUCACGCCGCUCCUCAUGGCCCCGAAGACUCAGCUCCACAGUACGCUGAGCAUUUUCCAAAUGCUUCGCAGCACAUCACCCCCAGCUACAACUAUGCCCCAAAUAUGGACAAACACUGGAUCAUGCAGUACACAGGCCCCAUGAGACCCAUCCACAUGGAGUUCACCAAUUUCCUCCAUCGGAAGAGGCUGCAAACACUCAUGUCUGUGGAUGAUUCAGUGCAGAAGGUGUUUGAGAUGCUAGAGGAAACUGGUGAGCUGGACAACACUUACGUCAUCUAUACAGCAGACCACGGCUACCACAUUGGUCAGUUUGGGUUAGUCAAGGGCAAGUCAAUGCCUUACGACUUUGACAUCCGUGUGCCGUUCUUCCUGAGAGGACCCAACGUAGAGCCUGGGGCAGUAAACCCGCAUCUGGUACUGAACAUUGACCUAGCUCCCACGAUUCUCCACAUUGCUGGGUUGGAUACCCCUCCAGACAUGGAUGGAAAGUCCAUCCUUAAGCUGCUGGAACAGGAAAGGACUGGCAAUAGAUUCAAACCCAACCGGAAACCCAAAGUCUGGAGGGACACAUUCCUGGUGGAGCGAGGAAAGAUCCUGAGGAAGAAGGAAGACUCAGUGAACACUCAGCACACCAACAGCCUUCCCAAGUACAAGAAGGUCAAAGAGACUUGCCAGCAGGCGGAAUUCCAGACACCCUGCGAACAGCCUGGACAGAAAUGGCAUUGUGUGGAGGAGAUCACAGGGAAGUGGAGGAUACAGAAGUGUAAAGGUGGUUCCAAAGAAGGCUCCAGGAAGAGGGCCCGCAGCCUGAAGCCUCGCAGCAGUUAUGACCACAGAGAGAGGGGCUGCGACUGUGGGGACACUCUCCUCAAACCCUCCAGAAUGGACCGCCGUGCCCAACGACAGUUAUCUGGCUCAACAGGCCAGCGUUAUCAGCCACGUUUUGUCCACACCCGGCAGACCAGGUCUCUGUCUGUGGAGUUUGAGGGUCAGAUAUAUGACAUUGACCUCCAAGCAGACGAUCAGUCAGCUGUCCGCCGCCGCGUCAUCUCCAAGCGUCACUACAGCCCAGACGACCCAGACUUUAAUUUGGGGUCAGAUGAUGGUUCAGAGGAAAUGCUGGCGGAUGACACCAAUGCUGUGGGAUACCCAAACUCUGUGAAAGUUACCCACAAGUGUUAUAUCUUGGUGAAUGACAGUGUUCAUUGUGAAAGAGAAAUCUAUCAGUCCUCCAGAGCCUGGAAAGACCAUAAGAGCUAUGUGGACCAUGAGAUUGAAGCACUUCAAGACAAAAUCAAAAACCUCCGGGAAGUACGAGGCCAUCUAAAGAGGACACGACCGGACGAGUGCGACUGUGGAAAGAAGAGGGAGGCAGCGCAGGAAAUCGACGGGAAGGCGCAGUUGUACAACGAGAUCCGGAGAAGGAAGAAGGAAAGGAAGGAGAAGAAGAGGCAGAGGAAGGGAGACGACUGCAGCCUGCCCGGCCUCACUUGUUUCACACAUAACAAUGACCACUGGCAGACUGCUCCCCUCUGGACAUUGGGUGGAUUCUGCGCAUGCACCAGCUCCAACAACAACACCUACUGGUGCCUGAGAACCAUCAACGAAAGCCACAACACGCUCUUCUGCGAGUUCUCCACCGGCUUCCUGGAGUACUUUGACCUCAACAGUGACCCCUACCAGCUCACCAACGCGGUGUACACAGUGGAUCGGGAUGUACUGAACUCUCUCCAUGCCCAGCUGAUGGAGAUGAGGAGUUGUCAAGGUUACAAGCAGUGUAACCCUCGCCCAAAAGGCUUGGACACAGCACACAGCCACUAUGGGACGGACGACAGGGUUAAGCUGCCCAACUUGACAGACGAGGAGGUGAACUGGCAGGGACUGGAGGAUCUGUAUAGCAUUAACGAAAGCCUUUAUGAAUGUAGGCCUGACUACAGCCCCAGCCCAGACAACUGGGCCAACUUCCGGAAGGAUGUAGAUAAUAUGUUUGCACUGCGACACGUUUUUAACAAAUUCAACCGAACCCUUGACGACUCCACCCUGCCAGAGCUGGGCUCCGGGGCCGGGGGUGGAGGCUUUGAAGAAGGCAGCGGAGAAGAGUCGGCCUCAGCCAGCGACGUCUGGCCGGGCCUGGCCGCAGAGGCUCGCCUCACCACCCCCGCCCCCAGCAAAACUCCAUCAGCACCACCCACACCCAGGACCACACUGGAGGGCCAACUGGAAUCUGUUGUCAACGACCUUCCUGAGAGGCUUCUGAGCAGACACGGGAUGUCUGUGAUGUCAGCAUCACCGGUGACAGCGUUACCAUCGGGUCCAAGGAGAGACAGGGUUAUCUUCCAGAGCGACACGUGGGCACAGCAGCUGGAGGAGAUAGAAGGAGAGACUUUCAGUGGGAAUGGGAUGACGGAGCUGGAGACGCAACACGACAACCUGCUGCGCACUCACAACAGCCUGCAGGCCCAGCUGGAGCCUGGCCUGGGCCAGGGAGAGGCAGCCAACCCUCAGCGGCUUGGCCUGGACCUCGAAGAUGAGGAGGACAUUUUCCAGGCUCAAGGCUACCUCCCUUAUUACCCACAGACGUUGAGGCCCAAGGUGCAGGCCAGCACCACCGGGAGCCCCCCCACCACACAGACUAGCACCCCACAGAGUGUCGGGGUGGUGCUGCAGGUGCUGCCUCAGUCAGCGCUGCCCCUCACCUUGGACUACGAGGGCAGCGGCUCUCUGCCUCAAUCCUCCAAUCAGACCCUCUGAGGCAGACGCAUGUGCUGGCCAGCCAGCCGACGAGCUGCUGGUCGCCAUAGAGACACAGAGACACAGUGAUUGGGAGAUGAGCUUGCCAAGAGCGAUGGCAAGUGAUGCCACCUCAGUCAGUCAGAGUUGUAUAAUGAGUAUUAAAAUUAUUUUUUAUUUUUUUACAGGUGCCUACAUUUAUUAGUAAACAGUGUUAUGUUGUUUUUUUUUUUCAAAUAUAUAUUUAGAAAAGAAAAAGCCUUAAUGCAGCUAAACUUAAGUGUUGGGAUUAAAGAUGAUUAAUUCCAUAUGGAUAACACCAUUGAUGUUUUUAAUGUAUGUUUUUAUGAAAAACAAGUGUGAGUGGUGAAACCAUUUCAACAUCUGAAUACAUAGUUAGCAUGAGUCAGCUUUAGGUACGCUCCACAUCUAUUAAUCACAACGCUGCCCAGUCACAGGAAGCUUCGUCACCAUGGUACCCACUCACUGUAUAGAUAAAGGUUAAAUUUGACCCCAAAUGCACUUUUGAACUUUUCCACGUGAUGACCUUGUGUGUGGAUAUGAAAUUUGUGUCAAUUUGUGAAAUUAGAUUUUAUGAAAUGAUUAUUUCUACUGACUACUUUUAAAAACUGACAAGAGUUGGAGUGUCGCUUCUGAAAGAGUUACAGAAUCGACAUGAAUACACAACAUCUAUUUCUCAAAUCUUAUUUUUAAAGUUGCCAAAUGGAAAAUAUUUCUAGCAUUUGUUUUUACCUCCUUGCCAUAUGGCGUCAAUAGCAUCAGAGAGUUUAGACAAUCAUGAGACAGCCUGAGCUCACAGUUCACCCUCUGACUCUGACUCUGCGGAGAUUUAAAGGGACAGUUCACUCCAAAAUCAAAAACACAUAUUUUUCCUCUUACCUGUAGCUCUGUUUAUCAGUCUAGAUUGUUUUGGAGUGAGGUGUCAAGUGUUGGCGAUAUCGGCCGUAGAGAUGUCUGCCUUGUCUUGAAUAUAAUGGAACUAGAUGGCACUCUGCUUGUGGUGCUCAAAGUGCCAAAAAAAUACAUUGGAAAAACUCAACAGCAAUGUCUCUUUCCAGAAAUCAUGACCUGGUUACUCAAGAUAAUCCACAGACCUUGUUGUGAGCAGUUUCAUGUAGGAACUAUUUUCUUUCUACUGAACUACACCAGCCAAUCACAUCACCACACAGAAGGAAGUGUGCAUCUACUCAUGGACGAAAGGCUCAUGCUCGUGAUAUCUAUGUGAACAUUAAUGGCGUCCUCCUCGGCUGAGCUGUAACCUUAGCUAGCUCAGUGGUGCUAGGUCGCAUACUUUUUCUUUAUACUUUUAGUAGGCACUGCAGCUGCCCUUAAAAAGAACGUACUGUUGCAUGCAGUGUGCACACAAUCCGGACAUACUACUUCCUCAUAACAUCACGCCCUGAACUUCGACCCUCUGGCUUUUAUAUCCGUUACCUUGGAGAUAAAACAAAUGCUGUGGAUGUAGUAGAACAUCCUGGUAUUUUUGGCGUACUGCAUUUAACAUACUAAAUCUUUUCCUGGCACACUAAUGGUAGUAUUUGUAUUGGAACACACACUUUAUUCUGAGCGGUGAUACAGUUGGUGGGUGUUGAAAGAAAGUAGUUCCUACAUGAAACUGCUCACAACAAGGUCUGUGGGUUAUCUUGAGUAACCAGGUCAUGAUUUCUGGAAAGAGACAUUGCUACAGCUGAUAUCUCCAACACAGCAACUUACACUAAAACAAUCUAGACUGAUAAACAGCUCUACAGGUAAGAGGAAAAUCUGUAUUUUUAAUUUUGGGGUGUACUGUCCCUUUAAGUUAACUAUCCUCACUAAUAAGCAAAUGCUUUCACAAUCAGCAGGAGAUAGAACAUGUUCAUUGUGUAACUUUUUUUGGAGCUGUCACCAUUCCUCAUGUGGUGUAUGAUGUAGUGCUUUGAUAAUCCUGAGUAUAGUGUUGCACAUGGCCAGUUCAUUUUGAAUGUAACUGUGUAGUCCCUUCAGCACACUCUGUUACAGCUUUAUCUAUGACAGCACAGUCAGUGAAAUACUCUGCAGACGCUGCAUAAGCUAAGUAUUCCCGUGUUUAACCUUUAGAAAAUGGUUCUGCAAAAACUUGAUGCUGUCCUUUUCCUUCUCGACAGUGUGUGUACAAGUGUUAGAACAACUCUGGUUUCAGGAAAGCCAUGAAGCUGUUAAAGAAAUAAACCCUUUCAACCUUC